GGAUUUCGAUCGGCGACGGAAAUAUGUCAGCAUUAUAUAUAUGAUCAGCUAGCAGCUCGGUCUUUCUCUUCUGUCCAGGGCUCCAAAGUCCAAGCAGACAAAUCCACCGGCGAUCAUCCGCCAUGGCCGCCGCCAGCACCUUCGCCUGCGUUUCCUCGGUGCUUCCCAAGGGCGGCUCCCGCGUCGCGUGCCCGGGCUCCGCGGUUUCCGCGAGGCCGUCGUCGAGGACGAAGACGACGUUGCCUCCGGCGAGGUGCGCGCUCGUGGGGACGCCGGCGCCGGCGACGGUGGACGGAGGCGUCGGGAUCGGGAGGCGGUCGGCGGAGCAGCUGGCGGCGCCGCCGCGGCUGGUGGACGAGCUCGUGGAGGAGGCGCUCGUCUGGUGCUCGCAGCACGGCCUCGUCGUCGGCGACAAGAACCACCCGAGAUCAGGAAAAGCGCCCGGUGUUGGCCUGCUCCAUGCUCCAUUCGCUCUUCUGCCCAUGUCAUUUCCCAAAGUUUACUGGGAACAGGCGCUUGAGUUGGCCCCGCUUUUCAAUGAGCUCGUUCACCGCGUGAGCCUGGAUGGAGAAUUCUUGCAACAGACUUUGGCAAGGACAAAAGAGGCGGAUUCAUUCACUAGGAGGCUUUUGGAGAUUCACUCAAAGAUGAUGGAAAUAAACAAGAAAGAGGAAAUUCAGUUGGGUUUGACCAGGUCGGAUUACAUGGUAGAUGGUGCAACUGACAGGCUCCUUCAGGUGGAGCUCAACACUAUCUCUACAUCAUCCAAUGGUCUUGCUUGCGGUGUAUGUGAGCUUCACAGAAAUCUGAUCAGACACCACGAGAGGGAACUUGGUUUGGAUCCAUCCGGUGUUGUUGGCAAUACUGCAAUCACUCAACACGCUGAAGCAUUAGCCAGUGCAUGGGCUGAGUACAACAACCAAAGGGCAGUAGUUGUAGUGGUUGUUCAAGCAGAAGAGAGGUACAUGUAUGACCAGUAUUGGAUCACGGUUGCUUUGAGAGAAAUGUAUGGCGUGACUACUGUUCGCAAAACGAUGGCAGAAAUAGAAGUGGAAGGGGAGCUUCGUCCAGAUGGGACACUCGUGAUAAAUGGAUCUCCUGUUGCUGUUGUUUACCUCAGAGCCGGCUACUCACCCAACGAUUACCCUUCAGAAGCUGAAUGGAGAGCAAGACUCUUGAUCGAGCGUUCUUCUGCUAUAAAAUGCCCGUCGAUAGCACACCAUCUUGUAGGAACAAAGAAGAUUCAACAAGAACUGGCAAAGGAGAAUGUGCUUGAAAGGUUUCUCGACAACAAAUCCGACAUCGAAAAAGUACGGAAAUGCUUCGCAGGUCUGUGGAGCUUGGAGAAUGACAGUAUAGUUCGUUCUGCUAUUGAAUCACCGGAGCUGUUUGUUCUCAAGCCACAAAGAGAGGGUGGAGGGAACAACAUUUACGGAGAUAAUCUGCGUGAAACGCUGAUUCGUCUUCGGAGGGGUGGAAGCAAUGAAAUUGCAGCAUACAUCCUAAUGCAGAGGAUCUUUCCACCAGCAUCCCUCAGCUAUCUUGUUCGGGAGGGCAUCUGUGUUAGGGAAAAUGCGGUUUCUGAGUUUGGAGUAUUUGGAGCCUACCUGCGGAACAAAGAUAAGGUCAUUAUAAAUGAUCAGUGUGGUUAUUUGCUGAGGACCAAGGCGGCUUCACUGAAUGAAGGCGGGGUGGUUGCUGGAUUUGCAUUUUUGAACUGCAUAUUCCUCUCAUGACAAGAAGAAUGCUGGAAAAUGAAAGCAAGCAUUUCUAUGGUGGGGGUUGUAAAGCCAAAAGGUUAAACCGGGCGAAUCCGAGUUCGCUGAAGAAAUGUAUAAAAACAAGGAUCGUAUUUUCCCUUAAAAGCAAGGAUCAGACUUUGUGGAGAUUGUGGUCUGCAAUAUGUAUUGUGAACUCAAUAAACUAGUUCAAAUGAAAGGACAAUCCCCCCGAGAUAAUGUAAAUAUAAUUUGGGGAAAGAAAAGAAGAUAAUUUAGAUCUUUAUAUAAA